AUGAGCUCGGAGCUCUUAUCUCCGGAUGAAAUACGUCGAGCCUUCCGCGAGUUCGACCUCGACCGUAACGGAUACGUCGGCGCGGCUGAGAUCGCGCACGUGCUCGCGAGCAUGGGUGAAAAGGCGACGGACGAUGAGAUCGAUGAGAUGAUCCUCAUGGCGGACACGGACGGGGAUGGACAGAUCUCUUACGAGGAAUUCGCGACGUUGAUGGCGCACCUGAGCGGACGGGGGGGGGCAGGCGCCGGGACCGGGCUCGGGGGAGGGCGGGCGCGCGGCGGACCGGGCGGCGCGCCGGGAGCGGGCGGAAUGGCGUUGAAUCGAGGAGGGUACGGAGCCCCGCAGGGAGGGGCGAUGGGCACGGGUCACGGUGGGUCGAUGGGUGGGGGGUACGGUGGACCGCCGCAGUACGGCGGUGGGGUCGGGUACGACGCCGGGAUGGCGAUGGGAUCGAUGGGGGUCGGACGCCCUAUGGAUGUCGGCGCGGCGCAACCGAGCGGGACGCCGAUGCAGGAUCUGGAGACGUUUCAGCGAUCUCAGGGCUUGAAUACAGAUAAGUUGAAGGAAGUUUAUAAGCGUUUCCUCGAGAGCGAUAAAGAUGGAAGCGGUCGCGUGGACGUGAACGAGUUUGUGCGCAUGUUACACGUCGAUCGAACACCGUACGUCGAGCGCCUCUUCUCCAUGUUCGACACCGAUCGAACAGGUCUCAUCGAUGUCAAGGAGUUCAUCGUGGGCAUUUCCAACGUUGGGAACGACGCACGGGAUAAUAAGAUCCAGUUCGCUUUCUCAGUGUAUGAUCUCGACGGUUCGGGUUUCAUUGACGCCAGCGAGUUACGCAAAAUCAUUCGCGCCACCAACAUGUCGAGCGACAAACAAAUCGAGCGUAAGGUGGAGUGGCUCAUGCGUCAAUGCGACACCGACGGCGACGGUAACAUCUCCUACGAGGAGUUUACGCAGCUCGCCAAAAAGUUCCCCAACAUCGUCUUCCCAGCGUACAAUCUCGCGGGAUCCAUGGCUGGGCUCGCUUGA